GGUCCGGUUUCCGGUGCGCGUCGUCAUGUGGCUGAGCCGCGGCCUCGUCCUCUCCCGGGUCCGGUACCCCCGCGCCCUGCACUCGGCGGCCGCCCGUCCCCACCCCAGCGUGGCUCUGGUGCUGUCAGGUUGCGGUGUGUACGAUGGCACGGAGAUCCAUGAGGCCUCGGCGAUCCUGGUACACCUGAGCCGGGUCGGAGCCGCUGUACAGGUCUACGCUCCCAACAUCCCUCAGAUGCACGUCAUUGAUCACGCGCGGGGUGAGCCUGCGGUGGAAAGCCGGAACGUGCUGGUGGAGUCGGCACGGAUAGCUCGGGGCCGAGUGGUGGAUCUUAACAAGCUGCAGGCCCAGGACCAUGAUGCUGUCAUCUUCCCUGGGGGCUUUGGGGCGGCCAAGAACCUAUCGUCGUUUGCAGUGGAUGGCAAGGACUGCAAAGUGAUCACGGAUGUGGAGCGGGUACUGAAGGACUUCCAUCAAGCGGGGAAGCCCAUCGGACUGUGCUGCAUUGCCCCCGUGCUGGUGGCCCGAGUGCUGCCAGGGGUGGAGGUGACGGUGGGCCAGGAGGAAGAGGAGGGAGGGAAAUGGCCGUACCCUGGAACAGCUGAAGCCAUCAGGUGUAUGGGGGGAAAGCACUUCCCCGGUGACGUCCACCAAGCUCACGUGGACAUGAAGAAUAAAAUCGUCACGACGCCCGCUUUCAUGUGCGAGACACACCUGCACCACAUCUUUGAUGGCAUCGGAGCCAUGGUCGCCGACGUGAUCCGUUUGAGUGGCAAAUAACAGCCCGAGCUGUCAGGCCCUGGGCAUCACACAGGAUACCGAAAGUGUGUGUGUGUAUGCGUGUAACUGUUGUGUGCACCAACUUCCAUCAACUUAUCCGCAUCCUCACCUGGCUCCACUGGCUCAUCGUUGCUUUCAAAGCCCUCCAAGGCCUUGCUCCUCCCAACCUCUGUGAGCUGCUAAUCCCAUACCGACCUGUCCGCUCCCCCCAUUCACCGGGCUCCGGCCUGCUCCACGUCCC